GAACAAAUUUUUGUUGUAAAUUUUUCCACUUGGCGUACCAAAAACUUGUGACGUACACUUUUAUUUUCUUCCUUGACAAUAACUAUUGCCAUAAUUACCAAGAAUGGUGUCGCCGGACAACGUCGGAACCCCGAUCACCGGCGUGAGGAUCUCCACCGUGGUGCCGGGAAGAGUGAGGGGAGAUGCCAGCGAAGACCAUGAGUUGACGAACAUGGACUUGGCCUUGAAGUUGCAUUACAUCAAAGGAGUUUACUUCUUCAAGAGUACUAGUAGUGCUGAUCAUGACCAAUUAGUACUAUCCGUGGCGGAGAUGAAGAAGCCGAUGUUCCCACUGCUCGAUCAGUUCUUUGUCACCGCUGGGAGGAUCCGGAGAUCUGACGGUGCCGCUGGCCGGCCAUACAUCAAGUGCAACGAUGCCGGCGUACGGAUUGUUGAGGCUUUUUGUGAGAAGACAAUAGAUGAAUGGUUGGCUAUGGCUGAUGAAUUUGGUACUACAUCUAAUAAUUGUAAGAAUUUCAACCAAGGGCUCUGUUAUGACCAUGUUCUUGGUCCUGAUCUUGGUUUCUCACCUCUAGUUUAUUUUCAGUUCACUUGGUUUAAAUGUGGAGGAUUGUCCGUGGGCCUCAGUUGGGCUCAUCUGCUCGGAGAUGUACUAUCUGCUUCAGCCUUCAUUAAUACAUGGGCCAAGAUCAUGGCUGGUCACGUGCCACAAAAGAAUAUCCACGUGCCAAGUUGUGGAAAAUUACCUAAGGAUCCCCCACCACGUUUGGCAAUUUCCAAGAAACCAUUUUCACUGAAAGAGCUGGACCUAGUAGGGAACCACUGGUCAGUAACUGCCAAUAACUGCCAAAGCAUGAGGACUCAUUCCUUUAGGGUCACCUCCAAACAACUUGACCUCUUGAUGUCAAACACAUGCGGUAAGAAAGCGGCCAAUUUUUCCCAGUUUGAGAUACUCUCCGCAGUGAUAUGGAGAUCCUUGUCCCGGAUAAGAGAAAGCAAGGGGCCGAAGAUUGUGACAAUUUGUUGUUAUGAUUCCCGCCGCCGCGGCGUGGAAAAUGAAAUUCCCAGCAACAAGGGUAUGGUGCUGAGCACGGUGGAAGCGGAUCUCGAGGCUGAUAUUUCAGAAUUAGCGUUUUUAAUUUCGGAGAAAAGGACAAUCGAGAAUGACGCAAUUGAAGAGAUGGUUAAAAAGGAGAACAAUAAAUUUGACUUUUUUGUGUACGGAGCAAAUCUAACGUUUGUGAAUUUAGAAGAGGUGGACAUUUAUGGGUUGGAAGUGAAGGGACAAAAGCCAACGUUUGCAAGCUACACUAUUGAUGGGGUUGGCGAUGAAGGUCUUGUUUUGGUGCUCCCGGCAGGGCCAAAAUAUAGUGAAGAGGACGAUGCAAAUGGGCGAACAGUGACUGUGGUCUUGCCCAAAGACCAUAUUGCACGUCUUGAAAAUGAGCUCAAAGCACAUUGGACUAUCACUUAAAAUGGUGUCAUAAAAGUUCCUUUCAAUAUGAAAGAAAACAAUGUUAUUCAUAUUAUUAAUGAUGUUUAGUCUUGGCAUCAAAAAUUGCACGAUAGGUGGUGUUGAAUGCUACUAAAUUAGUAUUUGUAGAAAAGUUUAUUUGAUUUAUGCUGUCGCCUUAAUUAAGGGAGUAUUGUGAAUCGAUUGUUUAUGUGUUAAAAUCAUACACUGUUAAUUAAUAAACCAAAUGUACUAAGUUUAAUU